AUGGUUGUUAACGGGUCUACUCUUAACGGAGACCCCUGGGGCCGCUAUAACGAGUACGAGCACCAGUACAAGCCUUUCCAGUCCCGCAGCGCCCAGCUGAAGCAGACGGCUCGUGCGGUCAUGGAUGCGACGAGGAGCGCGGCGCGAGAGGCGUGGGGAAGAGGCGCAGAAGGAUUCAGUGCGGUAGUUGACCGAGCCGUGGGCUGGGCGCGCGAAGGAGGCACGUGGCGGUGGAUUGUUCUAGGAACUACCUCAGCGUCUCUCCUCUCGCUGCUCGCCUGCACAGCCGUGUCCCUUAUCGUCACCGUCGCUCUCACCACUGCUGCGCUAGUCGUCUGCUGCGCCUCUGCCAUUGCCGCUGCUGCUCUCUUUCUCUUCCUCAUGCUCUUUGGGGUUACUGCUGUGCUCUGUGUUGCUGCGUCUGCUGUGGCCUUCACUGCCAUGGCUCUGGAGCAGCUGCUUCAUGUGCUGGCAGCAGCGGUGGGAGAAGAAAACAACGACACUUCGCCUCCACCUGCAGCAGCAGCAGCAGCAGCAGCAGCAGCAGCAGCAGCAGCAGCAGCAGCAGCAGCAGCAGCAGCAGCAACAGAGGCAGCAACAGAGGCAGCAACAGAGGCAGCAACAGUGGCAGCAGUGUCAGCAGCAGCAGCAGGAGCACUUGCAGAAAUGCCAUUGGGGUUACAGCCAAUGUAG